UUCACUGGUUUGUACAACAGGAUAAUCAGUGUAUGUUGUCCUCAGUAGUGGUGGAAGAGGAGGAGGUGCUUUCCCACAUCACAGGAAAAUGGAUGAGUCCUUUUGCCCUCAGAGCAGCUUUGAAAAGAGCUGGAGUGAACAUUUUCCCAGCAGAGUACUCUCCCAAGUAUGUCCCUGUGCCCAGGAAGGCUGCCCUGGCAGAAGUGAAGGCCUAUGAGCAGAUGGCUCUGCUUGCAGCUGCUUUUGCUUUUGCUCACAGCAAGUGGAAUGGAGAAGCAGGGCCAGAGCGAAUCGUGUUCAAGGCAAGUGAACAUCUUACAGUGGGUUCUGCCAAAGACAACGACUGGUCUCUUUAUAUGUUCAAUGGUGAGAAAGUACAAAACCUCAAGCUCACUGAAACCAGUGAAGCUUUUACAGAAGAGCUGGAAGAAGAGUCUGAAUUUCACUCCACACUCUACCAUAUGCUCAAGGCUUCUGCCAGCAAUGAAGCCAUGGAUAAAGUGGAAAGAGCUGGCUUCCUGUUUAUUGAUUCUGUGUAUCAGCUGCUCCUUGCUACCAGAGUUUUAGCAUACUCUUAGAUACGGCAAGCUUUCCUUCAAAACUUUAUUAUCAAAAGCUUUCAAAAAAGUUACAUUUCAAGUCUUAAAUCCUUUUCUGUUCAAAUCACUGAAACAGGUUCUAAAAUGCAAACAUUUUAUCUUUGUUCAAGCAAAAUAAAUUCUUUAUUCUCUUGUGGCUAGACCACCUAGACGUGUUUAUUGUUAACAAUGUUAAAAAUUGCUGUUCUAUUGUAAACUCUACAGAACUGAGACCCUUUUAGCUACUUUUAAAGAUAACUUCUGCCAGAAUGGCGAAAAAAACACCUUUUUUAAAAAAAAAAUUCAAUUCAUGCUUUAAAAUAAAAAAAUAAAUCUCCUCCCCAAAAAUACCCCCAACCCAACAAAAGAAACCCAGACACGUAACCUUAAAUCAAGGGCAGCCUCAGCUCCUGUCCGGCAGAGCGUGGCAGCGCAGCUCCGGCAGCAGAGCCGGGGUUAUACCGGGGGAGGGCCGUUGUGUUGCAGUCCUGUGUAGGGCCACAGCAGCUGCUGCACCAGUGUCCAGGAGUCCCCAGUGCCCACAGGGGCUGCAUCUGCUGGCCUCUGCAGGGACAGCCCCAUCAGGAAGCUCGUGAGAGCAGCCAGCAGGACCAGCAUGGACACGGACACCCAGAAGGUUUUGUUAGCGUUGCUGAAGGAAGCCUUGAAGUGGGAUGCCCAGGCUGACAGCAAAUUGUACCUGGGCAGGACAGGAAAGCCCUUCAGUGUUUCUUCAAAACAUGAAACUCUCCCCACCCCACCCCCAAAAGCCCUACAGCAAACUAGAUCCUACAAACAUCGAAAGUGACAGGUUGUUACUGUUUUGGGAGCUGUGCAGGGGGAACUUUGGUUCUGGGUUUAAAACACAGUCAAGGAAGCAAAUUCUUGAUAAGCUGACCCCUGUCAGCAGUCCACCCGUGCUCCUCACACUGGGUUCCCAGAGAGCAUUUCCCGGUCACUGCCCGCAAUGGUUGAAGGAGAAAAGAUCCCAGGGAAGCCAUAAAGUCUCCACUUGCUCCUUUUUUCCUGACAAGUACCCUGGAGUGAGUGCAGCGAUCCCUGAGGAUGGAGAAAGGUUUUGGAUGAGCCCAUUUUCCAGAAUGAUCCUUGUUUGAAGGUUUGUCCAGUAUUUGGUGUUUUUGUCAAUUUCAUGUGUGUUUUUCUUUGUAAUGGAUGUUUGAGUUCUAGGACACUAACCUUAAAAUUAAAAAGGCAGUUCCUAGUGUAUGGCAUUAUUUUUUAUUAUAUUUUCUUAAAUUUUGUUUUGUGGAAAAAAUUAAUUUUCUUUUCAUGCUUUGUACUUCAAGAUAGACAGAAGCUCUCUUGACCCUCCCACACCAAGCAUUUCAAGUGUAGUUAGUUUGAUUAAUUGUUGUGUGAAGAAUAAUACUUAAAUCUGUUGUUGCUUCUAUUGGUACACUUAAAAUUUGGUGCUCCUGUGUACCUGGGGCUUUUGCCAUGCUUGUGGAGAUGUAAAAUAAGGACUUGGAUCGCUCUGGACACAUUAUGGGAAAUGUGUGUUAGGAGAAACCCCCUGUGAAUAAACUGCUGUUCUGUUGUAGA